AUGAGAGCCUGCGGAGUGCUACGGGUGGCCCUUACCUUGGUGGCGAAAGUCUACACCUCUGCGGUGUAUGAGACUCGUGAAUUCAAAGAUCGGUCAAGUUGGUCGUUACGCGCGUGCCUGGGGCUAGGAUAUCCUAGAUGUGCUGGGGUAUCUUCCCGUUGUCGUUCACAAUGUAACGCUAAACCUUUGCCAAACAUUAACUUUACUCAGGACGGGACGGAACCUUUGGAAUCUUACGGAUUCUAA